ACUCCAACCCGUCCCAGCCAAUGACCCCACGGCGUGGGGUGGGGAGGAGCUGUCAGCAGUGGAUAAAAGCCCCCGGGGUCUGCAGCUCAGCUCCAAGCUCUGAGUGCUCCCACAGCCACACGCCAACCCCACCGCCACCAUGGUGCACUGGUCCGCCGAGGAGAAGCAGCUCAUCACCAGCAUCUGGAGCAAAGUCAACGUGGAGGAAUGCGGUGCCGAAGCCCUGGCCAGGCUGCUGAUCGUCUACCCCUGGACCCAGAGGUUCUUUGCCUCCUUUGGGAACCUCUCCAGCCCCACUGCCAUCAUGGGCAACCCCCGGGUCCGUGCUCAUGGUAAGAAAGUGCUGAGCUCCUUUGGAGAAGCCGUGAAGAACCUGGACAACAUCAAGAACACCUACGCCAAGCUGUCGGAGCUGCACUGCGACAAGUUGCACGUGGACCCCGAGAACUUCAGGCUCCUCGGGGACAUCCUGAUCAUCGUCCUGGCCUCCCACUUUGCCAGGGAUUUCACUCCUGCCUGCCAAUUUGCCUGGCAGAAGCUGGUCAAUGUUGUGGCUCAUGCUCUGGGCCGCAAGUACCACUGAGCUGCAGCACAGCUGUGGCCAUAGCCCCCAAUAAACACCUGGAAUGAA